GCCCCGGCCCCGCCCGCUCCCGGCCCGCUCGUCGGCGCACCAGACUGAGACUCCCCUUAAGGACGCUCUUCGCGAGCGGUACCCAGAGGCAAAGUCGAGACAAGCCCGGGAGCCCCCACCCCCCGCCCGCGUUUCCUGGGGACGCGGCCUCGGAGGGCUUCUCGGAGGAGGCGGCGGCCUUGGCCUCGGGCCUGCUGGGGGCAGGAAGGGAGGCCGACUCCUUCGGCCGCCCGCCGAGCCCAGACCAGGGAAAUUGGGACACAGACACACACAGAGAGAGGACGGCCACACGAAGACAGAGGCCGAGAAGGAUUGCUGGAAACCACCAGAAGCCAAAAGAGGCGAGAAAGGGGCUUCAGUGGAGCGGGGGCCUGCCAGCACCUGGAUCUCGGACUUCUGGCCUCCAGAACCGGGAGAGAAAAUUGUGUGUUGCUUGAAGGCCCCGAUUUGUAGUACUUGUUAUGGCCACCCCAGGAAGCCAUACAGAAGGUCUGAUGGUGAGGGGCCCUUGGUGAAGCUGCAGGAGUGAGAACACCACAGGCGGCCGCUGUGCUUAUUUCACAAGAAAAACUAAGCAGGGUCUUCAAGCAGGUCGCAGAUUGGCUGCUCCAGGCUGGCCUGGGCUCACAGGGGGCUCUUUGCAUUUCCCUUAGCUCCUCUGCACCCUGGUGAUGGCAGCCAUUCUCCUGACCACGAGACCCAAGGUGCCAGUAUCUUUUGAGGAUGUGUCCGUGUACUUCACAAAGACAGAAUGGAAGCUUCUGGACCUCAGACAAAAGGUCCUCUACAAGCGGGUGAUGCUGGAGAACUAUAGCCAUUUGGUGUCACUGGGAUUUUCCUUCUCCAAGCCUCACCUGAUCUCCCAAUUGGAACGAGGGGAAGGACCUUGGGUAGCAGACAUCCCCAGAACCGGGGCCACCGCAGGAUUGCACAUAGGUGACAGAACACAGAGCAAGACGUCGACUUCAACGCAGAAGCAUUCUGGACGACAACUCCCCGGGGCCGAUCCACAAGGUGGCAAGGAGGGGCAGGCGGCGAGGUCGUCUGUGCUCCAGAGAGGUGCCCAGGGCUUGGGGCAGAGCUCGGCCGCGGGGCCGCAGGCCCCCAAAGGCGCGGAGAAGCGGUACCUGUGCCAGCAGUGCGGCAAGGCCUUCAGCCGUAGCUCCAACCUCAUCAAGCACCGCAUCAUCCACAGCGGCGAGAAGCCUUACGCGUGCCCCGAGUGCGGCAAACUGUUUCGCCGCAGCUUCGCGCUCCUGGAGCACCAGCGCAUCCACAGCGGCGAGAAGCCCUACGCCUGCCCCGAGUGCAGCAAGACCUUCACGCGCAGCUCCAACCUCAUCAAGCACCAGGUCAUCCACAGCGGCGAACGGCCCUUCGCCUGCGGCGACUGCGGCAAACUGUUCCGCCGCAGCUUCGCGCUCCUGGAGCACGCGCGCGUGCACAGCGGCGAGCGGCCCUACGCGUGCCCGGAGUGCGGCAAGGCCUUCAGCCGCAGCUCCAACCUCAUCGAGCACCAGCGCACGCACCGCGGCGAGAAGCCCUACGCCUGCGGCCAGUGCGCCAAGGCCUUCAAGGGCGUCUCGCAGCUCAUCCACCACCAGCGCAGCCACAGCGGCGAGCGGCCCUUCGCGUGCCGCGAGUGCGGCAAGGCCUUCCGUGGCCGUUCGGGCCUCAGCCAGCACCGGCGCGUGCACAGCGGUGAGAAGCCCUACGAGUGCAGCGACUGCGGCAAGGCCUUCGGCCGGCGCGCCAACCUAUUCAAGCACCAGGCAGUGCACGGCGCCAGGCGCUCUGCGAAGGCGGAGACGGCGCGGCGGCGAGCGGGCCCUGGGAGCACCGGCCCUGGGAGCACGGUGGCAGCCGCCAGCCCUCCGCGGCCGAGCGCGGCCGCCAGGCCUUCCAGGCCCAGCCGCCGCUGACUCCCCACCAGCGCACCCAGGGCGCGGCGGGUCUGCGUGGGGGGGCCUUCCAGAGGACGUCGAGGCUCAGCCCUCUUCAGGUGGGAAGACUGCCCUCCCAGGGCCUCGAUUGCGGCCACAGCCCUGACCUCUUUGGCCAUCAGAAGACCCCAGGCAGAGCCUCACCCUGAGGCUGAGAAACGCAGGAAGGACUCAGAACCGAGGACUGCCGCCUGCCCUGGCUCCUCCAUCGACGGCAGUGCGGGCUGGGAAUGGAGGCCCUCUACUCCCUCCUGAGUCCUGGGCCUUGCACCUGAGGCAUAGAGACGGCACCUGGGCCACUCGUCCCCGAGCCACAGGUACUAUCGUGUGUGCACAGGCGUGUGUGGAGGGGAUGCGUGAACCAUCCCUCGGAUUUGCAUCAGAAUCGCCUGCUGCGGGUAGGGAGGAGGCCGCGUGAGGCCAGUGAGGCCAGCCAGCAGGGGGCACACUGGCUUUGAGUUACAGAAGAGUGGUGCAUUUCCUCCCUGGGGGUCGUUCCCUCGCCCUAAGAGUUGUUAGUGUUCCCAAGUAGAAGAUACUGAAAGCACUUUAAUCCUUUAAGCGCUUAUAUUGCAGGUGGGGGAGGCGCUGAAGUUAGCACAGAGGCAAGAGGCUCCCUGAAUGUUGGCAUAGGAUGGGGGGCUGUGCCGGAAAACUCCCGCCUUGUCUGGGUGCCCCCAGCUGCUUCUGCGAGGAGGAGUAGCGCCCAGGCCCCAUCAUCCCUGAGCACCAGUGGUUCUGGGAAUGGCUAGCCCAGGCCCUGCAGAGAGGAUAAGACCCUUCAGGUCACUCACAAUUGGACAUUUGUAGCUAGCCACCCUGCUGGCUUUGCUUUCCCCCCUGCCUGCCCACUGCCUUCUGCUCCCCAGACCCCACCAGCAAAGGCCACCCUGGCCUCUCUGUCCCCUGUCCCCCUGCCCCGCCCCACCACCAGUGCCUAAAGCUUCGCACUUACCUGCUCCUCCCCAUCAGGCAGCUCUCUUGCGGCUGGUGACGAUUAGGAGGAAAGCCAGACGGGUUAGGAAUUUGCACUUAGGCAACAGAGCAAGCCCAGGAACGAAUCUUUCAUCGAAUGUCUUUUGCGUGACAUUUUGUAGAAUAUUGGACGUUCCGUUGCUUUGCUUGUUUUUGUAUUCAGGGGUAAUGUACAUUGAAAAUAGAGAUUUUGCCAUAUCAGAGUAUCAGGGAUUCACUCCCUAAAUAAGAGUCCCCCCAGCCCUCUGAGAAGACCUCAGGCAGGAGAAAGGGGGCCACCCCAGGCCUGCCCCCAGAUGAGUGUGGUGGCAAGCCUGGCCCCUCUUCUCCCUACAAUGAUAACAGUCCACCCCUCUUCCCCUUAGCCCUGCAGAAACAGGGCAGACCCUUCAAAUGGCACUUUACUGAAAGCCAAGGGGAAUUCUCAAGGAAAAGUCUCGGGGCUGGCAGAGGCAGCUGCUGGCGGGCCCUAUCCUAGUCCCCCAGCGCUGUCCCCAGAGCUGGGCUCAGGAGCUCUGCCCCUUGGUGCUCUCAGCCCAGUGUCCUGGUCAGUGGCCACCUCCUUCCAGCCCUGUCCCCUCCCAGGGGAGAGGGGGUUUGUCAUCCACAAGGCCUGAGGGCAGGUGGGUGGUAGGCGUGGUGGGGGGGAGGUUCAAAGACAGCUGGCUCCCAUCAGGAGAGUGUGGGAAGACCCGAACAUACAGGCUUCCCUCGGAGAAUGCUGCUUGGAGUGCCAGUCACUAGGACAACUCCAGAAAUGUUAUACACACACACACACACACACGAUAUAUAUGGUUUUAUGAAAACUUCUAGAGUUCUUGUAAGUUGCACUUAUACCGUAGCCUCCUUCAGUGGGUCCCUAUCCCCCAUCCUGUGAUUGCGUUCUUGUCUGCAAGCCAGUCUCAUAAGCCCACAAGUGUGUGUCAUGCCUGUCCCCAUGUCCUUGAUGCCAAGCCCGGUGCUGGUAAUCAGUAAGCAUGAGUGAAAUGGGUCUUGCAGUCCUAGCACCUCAGACUCAGGCUUGGGACCAUCGUCGGCUCCAGCCUUGCCUUGAGGCAAUCCGAAGCAUCUAUGACUUUGGGUUUUCCAGAAAAAGAAGUAUUAGGAAUGGUGUAUUUGAAGUCCCUGAUGAGGCCAUUGGGAAGUCUGGGUUUUUCUGCUGUGCAGACAGUCUUUGCAAGGGCUGGCAUGGGUCCGGGAAUGCAAUGCUCGUGCAGAGUAGGUGCCUGUGGCAGGAGGCCAUGCAAUUGGGCUCUAGUCUUGCUUCAUUCAACUGAACCAGGAAAGAAACAGAUCCACGCACUCUGAUAUCCAUUUCCGUUGUUCUAGGAGGUAAAUGAUUUCGUUCCUACAAGCCAGACAGUAGCUUUCACUAAAGAAGAGUCGACUCCUUCGUAUCUUGUCAUGCCGUUGGUUCUGAUGCAUAAGUGAACUCUAUUUUUAACGGAAGCUCCUUUUUUUUCACCUCAGGACCUACGCCCAAGACUGACUAGAUACAGGCAGGACAAGGUACAGGAGUUUUCAGCAGAAAGCGAAGUUGCCAGGAGAGAUGCUGGGCACUUGCACUGUGACUUUAGAGUGCCGGGAAAAGUUCCAGGGUCCCCAGUGCUUACUUAGAUAAAUGGCAUUUAAAAUAGUGCAGCCUUUUAUUAUUGCUUAGUCUAAUUUAGCUCCCCUUAAUGACAUUCUCACUGCAAGGCGGUCAUUGCUAUCAUUUUCUUUUGGGUGUGGCAGUUAGGUGUGCCACGUGAGCUGAACGGGUUUCACAUGGAAUCAAAGUCAGAAUGUUCGAAAAGGACAUUUGUGUUUUUCCUUCAAUGGUGCCUUGAAAUUGGGCUCCCUCCCUCUUGCUGUGUGGGGAACUAGGAGGGUAUAGCCCACGCUUGCUUUGUGAUGGACAGCUAGAAUGUAAAAGCUUAAAACUGUGGGGAAAGUCUUGCCUGUUUUCCAAGGCUUCCUCUACCCUGCCACCCAAGAACUUUCCUGGAUGCCAACCUGGGACCCAUUUGCAUUUGGGCUUUUGCCCUUUGAAACUGUGAAUGCUUCAAGAGCCACAUAAAUGCUCUGGCAGUGUCUCCAUGUAACUGGUAACUUGUCCUGGCUGGAUUCGUUGUGAAAUGGAAUUGUUCCCAUUUACUCUGGUUGCAGAUAAGGAAGAUCUAUGAGUACUGGCCUGGAAACAAGCCCUCUAGUGUAGAGAGGCCAUUCUGAGGGUUUAAACUACAUGGAUAGACGUUGGGUUCAAGGUUACAGGAAAGGCUGUAAGCCUGAGAUUGUGGGGAAUGGCCGGAGCUGGGCUUUGGGUGUUCCUUGGGGGGUCCCUGUGAAGGUAAGACAGAAAGGCCUUGUGGGUGACCUGCCUCAGGUCAGCCCAGGGGUGCAGGCUCCUCUGACUGGGACCACAGGCAGCCACCGGAGGCCACUCAGACGCCAUGACUCUGAGACCAGAGGGAAGGGAGGCUGGACCUGGUCCCCUGUGUUCCCCAGCAAAGUGCCACAUCAGUCUCCUGAGAACACAGCUGUGUGUUCUUUCCAGUCACUUCUGUUCCCAGACUUCAGGCAACAUGGCAGCUCCCACACUUGCCAGGGUAGUUGCAAGGGCAGCUCUGGAGACAGGAAGUGGAGGUAGAGGGAAAGGAAGGGAGUCCUUGGCUGGGAAGUGCUUGGGUUGGGACAGGCAGGGAAGAAGGGAAAGUAUGAGGUGUGUUCAGGCAAGCUUAGAAGGGCAGAGAGGUUUCGGUAGGACAUGUAUGGGCUAAAGGGUCAAUUAGAACCAGAGUGUGGAGAGUCUGGGAUGCCAUAUACAAAAGUUUGGGCUGUAACAGGAUCCUGAUGAGGAGCAAUUUUCCAAAACAUGAAAGAAUUAUUCUAAGAAUGACAAAGGGAAGUUAAUGUAAAUUAUGACUACCACAGGGUUUGAAUUUACACACUGACCACCACAAAUUUUAUAACUGUAGGCAUCUCGAUGGUUGUGAUGCCCAUGAGGUGUUGGGCUGGGGGCGUGAUGAGGCUGAGGCAACAUGAGAGGGGACGUCUUUGACACAAGGGCUCCAGCCACGUGUCUCAGGGGCUCCCACUUGCCAUGGGACUCGCAGCUGGUUCCAUCUGAUGCCAGCCCCAGUGCAUCUAUCACUGUCUUCACAAAACGGGGGUCCUCCAGGAGUUCUGGACAGCUGCUCUGCAGAUUCUUAUAUACCUUUAAUUGAAGGCCUUGGACUUUUGAGAGGAGCGCAGUGCCCUCCUUUUGUGUUCAGGAAGGCCAAACUAGAGCCUUGUCCACUGCCGGGGAAUAUUCAUGUGGGAAAUGGAGGCCUGCUGCAGACCUGAAGGUCAAUGAUUGUUUAAUGUUUCUUUGACAGCAUUAUGAAGGUAUAAUGGGCAUACAAGAAACUGCACGUCUUUAAAGUGUACAGUUGGAGGGUUUUUGGCAUGUGUGGACACCCAUGAAACCUCCUCUAUAAUCGAGACAGUGAAUUGAUCCGCCACUCCCAAAAGUGGCCUUGCGCCUCCAGCAACCCCUCUUUCCUGCUCCUCACUGUCCCCCAUCCCCACCGCCACUGCUUGGCUUGCUGUCACUAUAGAUUAAUUUCUAUUUUCUAGAAUUCCAUAGAAAUGGACUCAUACAGUGUAUGUCUGGCCUCUUUCACUCAGCACAAUUAUUUUUUCACCAGGUGUUUUUGUGCAUAUCAAUACUUCAUUUUUUUUUAUUGUCGGUAGGAUCCCAUUGUAUGGGUGGACCACAAUACCUGUUGAAUACCUGUUGAUGGACAUUUGGGUUGUUACCAGGUUUUGGCCAUGACAAAUAAAGCUGCUGUGAACAUUUGUGUACCA